AUGGCCGUGCGCUCCCGCCGCCCGUGGAUGAGCGUGGCACUGGGGCUGGUUCUGGGCUUCACCGCCGCGUCCUGGCUCAUCGCCCCCAGAGUGGCCGAGCUAAGCGAGAGGAAGAGACGCGGCUCCAGCCUCUGCUCCUACUACGGCCGCUCGGCCGCUGGCCCCGGCGCUGGCGCGCAGCGGCCGCUCCCCCAACCUCAGCCCCGGCCGCGGCUGGAGCAGUCGCCGCCCCCCGCGCGCCAGGAGCUUCAGGGGCCGCCGCUGCCACAGGCAGCGCUUGGAGCAACCAGUUUUCGGAGCAGCCCCUGGCAACAGCCACCUCCGCUGCAGCAGCGGCGGCGAGGACGCGAGCCCGAAGGCGCAACGGGGCUGCCAGGCGCCCCCGGGGCCGAAGGGGAACCCGAGGAGGAGGACGGGGGCGCGGCUGGGCAGCGGAGAAGCGGCCGGCCGGGGAGUAGCCACAACGGCAGCGGGGACGGGGGCGCUGCCGCCCCGAGCUCCCGACCCCGGGAUUUCCUGUAUGUGGGAGUGAUGACCGCGCAGAAGUACCUGGGCAGCCGCGCGCUAGCGGCGCAGCGGACCUGGGCGCGCUUCAUCCCCGGCCGCGUGGAGUUUUUUUCCAGUGAGCAGCCCCCCAACGCCGCAAUGAGCCAGCCCCCGCCACCCCUGCCUGUCAUCGCGCUACCGGGGGUGGACGACUCCUACCCUCCCCAGAAAAAGUCCUUCAUGAUGAUCAAGUACAUGCACGACCACUACCUGGACAAGUAUGAGUGGUUUAUGCGCGCCGACGACGAUGUCUACAUCAAAGGUGAUAAGUUAGAAGAGUUUCUUCGAUCACUCAAUAGCAGCAAGCCUCUCUACCUGGGCCAGACUGGCCUGGGGAACAUUGAAGAACUUGGAAAAUUGGGGCUGGAGCCUGGAGAGAACUUCUGUAUGGGAGGACCUGGCAUGAUCUUCAGUCGAGAGGUUCUCAGGAGGAUGGUGCCACAUAUUGGUGAAUGCCUCAGAGAAAUGUACACGACUCAUGAGGACGUGGAAGUAGGACGAUGUGUUCGACGCUUUGGUGGAACUCAGUGCGUCUGGUCUUAUGAGAUGCAACAACUGUUCCAUGAAAAUUACGAACAUAAUCGGAAGGGUUAUAUCCAGGACCUUCACAACAGCAAAAUCCAUGCAGCCAUAACACUGCAUCCCAACAAAAGGCCUGCCUACCAAUACAGGCUUCACAAUUACAUGCUCAGCCGCAAAAUUUCUGAACUUCGCUACCGCACCAUCCAGCUCCACCGGGAGAGUGCUCUGAUGAGCAAGCUCAGUAACAGUGAAGUGAGUAAAGAGGACCAGCAGCUGGGAGUGAUGCCUUCUUUCAACCACUUCCAGCCUCGGGAGAGAGAUGAAGUGAUAGAAUGGGAGUUCCUGACAGGGAAGCUCCUUUACUCAGCAUCUGAGAACCAGCCUCCUCGACAGAGCAUCAACAGCAUCCUAAGAACAGCACUGGAUGACACAGUCCUGCAGGUGAUGGAGAUGAUCAAUGAAAAUGCCAAGAGUAGGGGACGGCUCAUUGACUUCAAGGAAAUUCAGUAUGGCUACCGCAGGGUUGAUCCCAUGCAUGGGGUGGAGUACAUUUUGGAUUUACUCCUCUUAUAUAAAAGACACAAAGGGAGGAAACUGACUGUGCCAGUGAGACGUCAUGCCUAUCUUCAGCAGUUGUUCAGCAAGCCUUUCUUUAGAGAAACUGAAGAGCUAGAUGUCAACAGGCUUGUUGAGAGCAUUAACAGUGACACUCAGUCGUUCUCCUUUAUAUCUAAUUCUUUAAAGAUACUAUCUUCUUUUCAAGGUGCCAAAGACAUGGGAGGGCACAAUGAAAAGAAAAUACACAUUCUUGUUCCUCUCAUUGGAAGGUAUGACAUUUUCUUGCGAUUCAUGGACAACUUUGAAAAAACUUGUCUUAUUCCAAAGCAGAAUGUAAAGCUGGUCAUCACCCUUUUCAGUAGGGAUUCUGGCCAAGAUUCCAACAAGCAUAUUGAGCUGAUCAAGGAAUAUCAGAAUAAGUACCCUAAAGCAGAAAUGACCCUGAUCCCGAUGAAGGGAGAGUUUUCCAGAGGUCUUGGUCUUGAAAUGGCUUCUUCCCAAUUUGACAAUGAUACUUUGCUGCUAUUUUGUGAUGUUGACUUGAUCUUCAGAGGAGACUUUCUCCAACGAUGUAGAGACAAUACAAUUCAGGGACAACAGGUGUACUACCCCAUCAUCUUUAGCCAGUAUGACCCAAAGGUAACCAAUGGGGGAAAUCCUCCCACUGAUGAUGACUUUGUCUUCUCAAAGAAGACUGGAUUUUGGAGAGACUACGGCUAUGGAAUUACCUGUAUUUAUAAAAGUGAUCUGCUGGGUGCGGGUGGAUUUGAUACCUCAAUACAAGGCUGGGGACUGGAAGAUGUAGAUCUCUACAAUAAAGUCAUUCUCUCUGGCUUAAGGCCCUUCAGAAGCCAAGAAGUAGGAGUGGUGCAUAUUUUCCAUCCAGUCCAUUGUGACCCUAACUUGGACCCUAAGCAGUAUAAGAUGUGUUUAGGAUCCAAGGCAAGUACUUUUGCCUCAACCAUGCAACUGGCUGAACUCUGGUUGGAAAAACAUUUGGGUGUCAGGUAUAAUCGAACUCUCUCCUGACAGUCCAGGCAACACAUAUUGCCUUUUUAAAGGGGAGUUUACCUCAUUGUUGGUUGUUGUUAUUUUUAUUUUAUUAUUGUUAUUUUUAUUAUUAUAAUUAUUAUUGUUAUAAUUUUAUUUUGUUAUCCUGGUCUUAAACUACUCUUGGUUAUCUUCCAAAGAGUGUUUGUUGACCUCAAGCAAGAAGAGUCUGCAGUUCACUGAUAUUUCAGAUUUCUACUGAAGUCAAUUAUGUAUUACUUUUAUAUAUCUUUAUUCGAGAUUGAGUUAAAUCGUGGCAAUCAAAUGACUUUUGAAGCUCAUUCAUCGUGAGAGACAGCUUAGAAGAAUGUUCUCUUGGGGCUUAAAGAUGCAAUAUCGACUUUUAUUUCGUUUGUUAAAUUCAAUGUGAUACAAAUAUUUACUGGUGAAAGGUACCACAAAAGUGCUUUAUGCUUCCUAUGGGGAAGGGACUCUGUAACAUAAACUUGAGUUUUGUAAUUUAUACAAGGACUUAAAAAUAUAGACAAUAAUUUUCUUCAUCUUUAGAAUUUUUAAAGUAAAUGAACACUUAUGAUUGUAUGUUUAUUUUUUAAAAAAAGUUUUAAAAAUUGAGGAGUUUUGUUCCACAAGCAACCGGUACGGGCUACCCUGGUCUUCUGACAAUUAUGUACUCCUCACAACUGUCUGCUAUAAAUGCGAAUGAACUUUAUUUUCUCAAGGAAAUAUGAUUUAAUUAAAUAUUCAUGUACAUUUUAGAAGCUUUAUGAAACGAUGUCCUUCAUUUGCUGGCAAGAAGAUAAACUAUGACAGAACCUGGUUAUUUAUAAUAAAACACAGGUAUAACAGUAGUCUUUUUCAAAAACACUGAAAA